AUGCAAAAACUUCUCAAACAAUGUAUAGAUCAGAACGAAUUGGAAAAUGCUCAUUUUGAAAAUGAACAAGAAGCAAUGACACAUUUUAUAGAAAAUUCUAAAACUGUGAUGGGAGAUGCUCACGUUCAUUUGACUGCAUUGCAAGAUUCCAUAGCUUCAAUAUUUAAACUUGUGAGAGAAGAAUCUAAAAGCAUGAAUUUUGAAGUGAAUUCACAAGUGGUGGUUUCCUCAUUUUCAGAAAUAAUAUCAAAUAUUGACUCAUUUAGAUCCAUCGAUGAUGUCAACUAUUCAUUGAGAAAUGCUAUUGAACAUUACAAGGAAAGGUCUAAAGGUGAUAAAAAUCAUGUACUUGUAGAAUUUUUUAUGCGAUGGAUGUUCGAAACACUUCCAUACUAUCACAACAAAACUCUCAACACUCUGUUAGAAGAGAAGAAUUCAGAAAUGACUCAAUUACGAGCAGAAUGUGAUGAAAGAUUAGAAAAUACUCAACAACAACUCAAUAAUGAAAUUUCAAAUCUAAUAGACGCAAAAAACAAGCUUCGAGAACAAUUUCUCAAUUUGAACAAUGUGGCCAAGAGAUUGAAAAAAGAAUUAUCUAUGAAAGACAUUACCAUUCAAGAACAAGGAGAAGAAAUUAAAAACUCAAGAUUAGAACAAGGUCGAAUCUCUCAAGUGGUUCAACAACUCGAACGAGAAAUUGAAUUAUUGAGAUCAGAAGCUAAGGAAAUGAGAGUGAAAUAUGAAGAUCAAGUACAUGCAGAAAGACUGGAAAAUGAUGCAUUGAAAGAGGAAAAUAUUAACUUGCAAAAUACCGUCAAAUUAUUACAAGAAAAUAAGCUAGAUUUACAACAUACCAUUUCAGAAUUACAAGAAGUUAUUUCUAAACUCAAAGAUAAUUAUCAUAAGGCACGUCAACAAAAUUUAAACACUGAGGAAACCUUAAAACAAACUUCUGAAGUGUUAACAAGUACUUUGGAUCAUAAAAAGUUUCUAGAAGAAGCCAAUAGAAAAUAUCAAGGUGAUAUUUCUCGAUUAAAUCAAGAAUUAGAAUCACAGAGAGAGAGUAUACGAAGACUAGAACGAGAAAUUAGCAAUAAGAAUGCAAAACUCAAAUCGAGUGAGAGAUUAAUGGCCUUUGAAAAAGAAAAAGCAGCUGAAAGUGAGGACCGGUUGAGACAAACCUUAAAGAAUAGUGCUCAACUCUGCUCAACUGGACGAGUGAAAGAACUAGAAGAACAAGUGGAACAACUCAACAUUACGAACAGAAGAAUUUUAGAUAUUAACAAAGCGGUCAUGGAAGAAAACAAACAAAUCAAGGAAAAAUUGAGAGAAAAAAAGCUUUUAGAAUCUAAUCAUGGCGAAGAUGCAGCAAAUAGUGGAACGCCAGAAAGAACUAGUCUCGAAAAAAAACAAGCAUCUGUGAAAACCCCAGAUAUGCAGACGUUGAGUGCCUUUGAAACUCCAAAAUCCAUUACAGAUGUUAGCCCUAUUACUCCUGGUUUUUCUAGUAGUGGUACGACUGUAGACAGCGAAGACAGUGUAAAUAUGAGCACCAACAGCGAGGAUCAUGUCGAGGACAAAGAAGAGGCAUCCCAAUCCCCUCUACACCAACCACAACAAACUACAGCUAAAAAAACUCUGAGGCGAAGGAAUAGUCCGUCAAACAAACGAGGACACCAGUUUCAUCAGGAGAUUUGA